UUGGUAUUUGAACAUGGAAUGUCCACAGACGCGUCUGCUGUGGUUAUUGGAGACAACACAGGUGUACUGAAGAGCGGUGCACUGUUAAUAUUGCAAGGAAAAGUGUUAUUUGUCUCUGGAUCGUGGCUCUCAGUACGUGGUAACAAAUUCGCUGGUAAACUUCUCUCACUAUCACCACAAGCGAAAGGUGCACAAUUCAUGCAUAGNCUGCACCUUAUACGAUCUAAGCUGGUGUUUCGUGAAGUGGCGCUUCUUCCUGUGAUGACAGGUGGACAGGCUGUGGUGGCUGGAGGUUCGUUACUGCAACUCACCACCAACAGUGGUAUGGCGUUUGAUGCGGUUGAGUUGGGUGGUGAAUGUGCUCUACAUGCUCAUGCGAAGGUAUCAUUAUCUGCGGGAGCCCUUCUGCGUUUAUCAGAGAGCAAAGUAUACGGUGGACGUGGUUUGGUAUUUGAACAUGGAAUGUCCACAGACGCGUCUGCU